GUUGAUAAAGAUGCAUUGGAUAGCCAAGUCAAGGAGAGGAAAAUUCAAGAAGCAGCUGAAAAAGCACGAAAUGAAGAACUUGCUAAUGAAAUGAAGCAAAAUGACAAGAUCGUGUGUAUGUUAGAAGAACGACAGAAAAAUGAUAUCAGAAAUAUAAAUAAGGCUAUCAGUGAAUUUCAGAAGAAUUUUCAGAAGCCAGAAACAAGACGUGAAUUUGACCUGUCUGAUCCACAAGCCCUAAAGAAGGAUAGACCUGCUCGACUUUCAGACAGUGAUCCUCGAUGUACUGUGUCUGGCUUGCAGAAGUUUAUGGGUGAAGACUUAAACUAUGAUCAGAGGAUGAAGUUUCAGAAGGAGCAGUUAAGAGAGUGGUCUCUUCAGCAGCAGAGAGACUGGAAGAACGCAUUAGCUGACCAAAAAUUUUCAGAUUAUCUUUAUGACAAGAAUAGAGUUGAACUUGACCAAAUGACUAUGGAGCAGCAACGAAAAGAAGAAGAAAACAGGCGUGCUGUUUGUGCAGCUACUAAAGAUUUCAAUAGAACCCAG